AUGUGGAGCUUGGGGCAUGUGGGGCUGCGGUGGGGGCAUGUGGAGCUUGGGGCAUGUGGGACUGCGGUGGGGGCAUGUGGAGCUUGGGGCAUGUGGGACUGCGGUGGGGGCAUGUGGAGCUUGGGGCAUGUGGGACUGCGGUGGGGGCAUGUGGAGCUUGGGGCAUGUGGGGCUGCGGUGGGGGCAUGUGGAGCUUGGGGCAUGUGGGACUGCGGUGGGGGCAUGUGGAGCUUGGGGCAUGUGGGACUGCGGUGGGGGCAUGUGGAGCUUGGGGCAUGUGGGACUGCGGUGGGGGCAUGUGGAGCUUGGGGCAUGUGGGACUGCGGUGGGGGCAUGUGGAGCUUGGGGCAUGUGGGGCUGCGGUGGGGGCAUGUGGAGCUUGGGGCAUGUGGGACUGCGGUGGGGGCAUGUGGAGCUUGGGGCAUGUGGGACUGCGGUGGGGGCAUGUGGAGCUUGGGGCAUGUGGGGCUGCGGUGGGGGCAUGUGGAGCUUGGGGCAUGUGGGGCUGCGGUGGGGGCAUGUGGAGCUUGGGGCAUGUGGGGCUGCGGUGGGGGCAUGUGGAGCUUGGGGCAUGUGGGACUGCGGUGGGGGCAUGUGGAGCUUGGGGCAUGUGGGACUGCGGUGGGGGCAUGUGGAGCUUGGGGCAUGUGGGACUGCGGUGGGGGCAUGUGGAGCUUGGGGCAUGUGGGGCUGCGGCAGCUGGCGUCAGUGGCGCCGCUGCGGGAUCUACACCAUGUGAAGAGAGUGCGGAGGACAGGGGAAGGCCGGGCCGUCUCGCUGCACGUUGUGCUGACACCUGGCAGCGAUCCAUUGGCUCUUCCUGAGCCUCUGCUACAGCUGGUGACUCAGCACGGGCUGGAGCCUGUUGUAACUCAGGUGCCGGCCCACGCCCCUCGCACAAAGGAGCGGUGGCAGGAGCAACAGUCAGUCUGGCCCACAUCCUUCCACCCACCGCUGCCUGGCAGUGGCGCUGCUGCUCCCCCCUCCACAGUCACACCGGCUGCAGCCACAUACAUCCAACAGUGCUUCCGAGCGAUUGUAGAGAAGGCCGUGAAGGCUUGUGAGGGAAGAGCGGGCAGCGAUGCUCGUGAGCGAGUGACUAUAUAUAAAGGGAAGGAGGGAGGCAGAGAAUUGAAUGGCCAAGGGGAUGACUGUGGAGAGAGGAGAGAGAGGGCGGAGAGGGUGGAGGUGGGGGAAAGAGAGGAGAAGCUAGGGGAGGCUGUGGAUAUGAGGCACCAGGAGGAGGGACCUGGGGGACGUUGGGAGGAGGGACACGGGAAGCUGCAUCAGUGCGGUUCAUGUGGCCACACUGAACCGUUGAGUGCGGAGAAUGGGGAAAGAGAGGAGAAGCUAGGGGAGGCUGUGGAUAUGAGGCACCAGGAGGAGGGACUUGGGGGACGUUGGGAGGAGGGGUGGCACCAGUGCGGUUCGUUCACCCCGUUCUCUCUUCCACUUCCCCCCGUUCUCUCUUCCACUUCCCCUCAAUCCUCUCCCUCUCACCCCGUUGGGUUCAAUAUGGCUGUCAUCGCCGACCCUAGCAACGGGCAAAUUCUCGCCUCUGCUCAAAACCCCGCUGCGCCCGCUUCUCGGCGAAGGAGGUUGGGGCAUCCCUUGGGGCAUGCGGUGAUGGUUGCGAUUGCUGCUGCUGCUGCCUGGGACCGAGCACUGUUCCCCAGUGAGGCGGCACAGGACAAAACACUGUUCAUGGAUGGCGGUGGGGAGGAGUCAAGGGGUGCAGCUUUAUCAGAAAGGGGUGGUUCUGAGGCUGCACAGGGGGAGGAGAAAGAGGAGAGAGAAGGGGAGCAGGGGGAAGGGGAGCAGCGAAAGAUCGAGCUGGAUGGGGAAGGGGAAGAGGUGAGGGAAGCGGGCAUGGAGGCGAAGAGAGAUGGCAAGUGGCCUCCUUUGAAAAGGCGAAAGGGCAAUGAUGUUCAGGGACUAGGUGACCCAGCACGGUCUGCUGUCUCUCCAAAUGCACCGCCAUGCUCUGCUGUCCGCCCAUACCUCUGCACGGGCUUCGAUGCCUUCCUGCUGCAUGAGCCCUGCAUCAUGUGUGCAAUGGCAUUGGUGCAUCAGCGUGUGCGUCGAGUCUUCUAUGCCAUUCCCAGUGCGGAAGGAGGAGCGCUGGGCAGCUGCUGGAAGCUGCAUGGGGUCAAGUCUCUUAACCACCACUAUGAGGUGUUUAGGGUUGACCUCAGUCAACUCUUCAGUCAACUACCACAGUGA